CGGCGCGCCAGAUGAGAGGCUGCCCUGUACCGUGCUGCAUCCCGCGCAGUAUGGCUCGAGUGGCGUGGUUGUUCGCCGUGUGCCUCUUGUGUGCGUCCUCAUCGCUAGCCUUCGAGAGGGAAGGUGACUCUUCCGAGAACGAAAAGGAGCCCAGCAGGGAGAGGGGAGGGCGAUUUUUCAACGCCUUCUGGACGCCUUACCUGCAACCCAGAAUCGGGGAGGGACCAUCGGCGACUGCGGAAAGCAGCGGAAGCGCCGAAGACACCGCCGUCAUAGUGGAGACUCGGCCCUGGAGGGAUGACGGCUUCUUCGGCUUCCCCGUACGCCAGCCCUGGUGGAAAGGGCCGAACGUGUGCAACUUCCGACAGGAAGUGGACGACUCCAAGGAGGACAACGCCACAGUUCCGUUCGCCUUCAACUUCCAGUCCAAGCAGUGCCAGGACACUGAGGACUCCUUCGUGUGCACCACCAAAAUUCGAACGAUGAACUCGAGCAAGACGAUCACGGACAAGUACGUGUGCUGCCACGGCUUCGCUCGGGGGCGCAACGGGCGCGCCGGCUGCGUCCAAGUAAAUCUCAAGGACCUGGUGACAACGAUGAAGGACCUUGGCGCCUCCAAGUUCGUCGACCUCGUGGAGGAGUCCAAGAUGGCCGACGAGCUCAACAAGGGCAACGUCACCGUCUUCGUGCCCACCAACAUCGCGGUCAAAGACUUCGAACACACUAACGAGGUGUCCAGCCCUUACGAUGGCCAGGCGGCCAUUCGGGCUCACACGGUGGCAGGUUCGCUGCGCACGGGAGACAUGGCCGACGAAAUGGUUCUGCAGACCGUCGACGGACGAUCCAGCAUUCGCAUCAACGAGUUCUACAACCCGGCUAAGCUGAUGACGGCCAACUGCGUGCCCAUUGUGUCCGCCAACAACCCGGCGACCAGUGGCAUGGUUCACGUGGUGGACGAGACUCUUCCCUCGCCCAACCGCACACUGUACGAGAUCGUGUCCGAGGACCCGCGCUUCAGCACGCUGCGCUCGCUGCUCUCCAUGGGCGACCUCGAGGAGACCCUGAAGAACCCGCAGGGACACUACACUCUGCUGGCGCCCAGCGACGAUGCCUUCGCCAAGGUGCACAAGGACACGCUGGCCAAGUGGAAGAGCGGCGACGCCUGCAUCGCCAAGCUGCUUCGGGGCCACUUGCUUAACCACGUGAUCUGCACCACCGCCGUGCCCGGUUCGGCGCGGGUGCGCAGCGUCAACGGCGACCCCGUGACGCUGAGUCGCGACGGCGACCGCCUCCUGGCCGACGGCAGCCCGGUGUCGGCGCGCGACCUGAUGGCCACCAACGGAGUGCUGCACGUGCUCGACCACAUCCUCAUGUCCCAGGACAGCAAGCCGCUCAUGCAGACGCUGCGAGACGCCAAGAUGGACGACCUCGUGCACCUCAUCGAGGCGGCCAAUCUGACCGAAUCAUUCGAGGCGCUCGACAACUUCACCUUCUUCGCGCCCUCCGAAGAAGCCCUCAAGGAGGUGUCACUGACCGAGUGGGAGGAUAUGAAGAGCGACCGGCUGGCCGAUACUCUGCGCUACCACACCGUGCCCGGUCAGAUGCUCUCCCCCCGGGGCUUCUUCAACAACAUGCUGGUGGGCACAGCUCUGGGCGAGGAGCGCCCCAUCCGGCUCAACAUCUUCCCGCGCCUCUUCUCCUUCGAGCGGCCCACCGUGACGGCGCAGUGCGCCCGCCUACUGAGCGCCUCGAGCCCCGUCUGCGGGGGAGCCGUCUACGUCGUCGACAAGGUGAUGAAGCCGCCGGCCGGCAACGUGCUGGAGCUCAUCGAGUCUGACGGGGAGUUGAGCACAUUCGCGCGGCUGGUCCGCGAAUCCGGCUUGUCUGAGCAGCUUCGCUCCAACGCGGGCCCCUUCACGGUGCUGGCGCCGACGGACAGCGCGUUCUCGCGGCUGCCCCGGGGAACGCUGGAUUCCCUGCAGCCGGAACAGGUCCAGGCACUGGUCAAGCAGCAUGUCCUGCCCGAGACGGCGUGCACCAGCGGUGUGGGCCACAGCGGGUUCCUGAGUCGGCUUGAGUACCGAAACCUGGACGGCACCGCCGUGCCGACCCAGCGCAGCCUGCGCGGCAACGUCUACUUCGGCGGCGCUCGCGUCUCGCGGCCCGACCUCGCCGCCCGCAACGGUCUCGUACACCACGUCGCGCGCGUGCUGAGCAUGCGCACCGCCGACGAAGACACCGGCUUCAACUUCGGCUUCGACUUGCACCCUUUCUUCCGCUCGCUCUAGGACAGAGUUGUGUGGCUGAAGAAUCGCAGCCUUCCCUGCGGUCGUGGCUGAUAUUUAUCUUCUGGUCUCAGUGUGAUCCUCCCACCGAGUGUAGAUUGUUUCUUUUGGUGUGAAUAAACGACAUUUUUUGUUACU